UCAUCAAGUUCCAAACACCAUUUACGCAACCCUUCAAAAUUUGGCGCCAUCGGAUUUUCAUUGCUGGAAAACAUGGAAACUGGCUCGUUUUAUCCCGCCCAUCCCGCCAAAUUAAGCGAUUUGAAACGAAAACGCCGGUUGGCCGCGGCGGAGAAACGCGUGGAGUCGUCCAAUCUCCAUCCCGCGACUUUGGGCAUAUCGCAAUUAAAUCCGAAAGCACCCACUUCUGGGAGUGAGGACACUUUCGUAUUUACUGUGCAGAACUUGGCUUUAGACAAGGCCGUUAUUUAUCCAGAUUACCGCGUUUUUAGUUUUGAGAUUGCGUCGGAUGGACGUCGCCAUUUUUUGGCCGGACCACCGACCAUCGUGUUCUGGAAAAUCAAACGCCUCAAACGUCAUAAAAGACAUUGGUACGAGGUGAUUGGACAGAGAUGUCCGUGUAAGCUGUACUUUGACAUUGAAUUCCAUCGGGAUAAGAAUCCGGACAGACCCGGUUCACAGAUUGUUGCUCAAUUAAAAGAUCUUUUGAUAGCGUACAUCCGAUUGCGAUUGGGUUUCAUUUUGGAGUUGUCUGACAUUCUGGACUUGGAGUCGAGUACGAAUAACAAAUUUAGUCGACAUCUUAUAAUAAAUCUUCCUGGAGAACGAUUGUUUGAAAAUAACCUCCAUGUAGGCGUGUUUGUUCGUGAAUUUAUCAGCAGCUUAACCGAGGAGGAGCGUCGAGCUAUCACUUUUUGGGAUAAACAGGGCGACAAAUGUGAAUUAUUCAUUGACUUGAGUGUGUAUUCCAAGAACCGAAAUUUCCGCACCUAUUUAUCUUCAAAGUUUGACCGACAAUCGUGCUUAGUGCUCUCUGAGAGCUCCCACCGGCUUUUAAGUGACUUGAGUGACAAAGACAUCUUUCUGAAAAGUUUAAUUACUUGGACUGAAAAUCCACAUGCCGACAAAAUCAAGAUCCCAGGUGCGGUGCAAGUAACUCUAGUCCCAAAUGAUCCUUCAAUUAAAGUGCGUUCUACAAGUGCUACUCCUGCCAAUCAUCGAUCAUUGUUCCCAGAAGUGGAUCAUUUCAUCGAAGGUAUAAUCAAGCCUGGCUUUGUUCGGAAAAUUGAGUGGAAAGCCAGUCUCAUGACUUUAGAGUACGAGAUUCAAGGCUAUCGUUACUGUUAUAAUGUGAGGAGAUGGCAUCGAAGUAACAACAUUAAGUACAUCGUGCUCCUAAAUCGAGGGGUCUAUUUUCAAAUGUGCCACGAUCCGGACUGCCAAGAUUUCAAGUCAGAAGACCUGAAGUUACCUUUAAACACUCAACCAUGGGUUCAGCUCUUUGACGAUGAGGACCCGUUUGAAACAGACAACGAUAGAGACUUCGAGGAUGAGCUUCUUCUGAGUAUUUAUGAUAAAGUUGUGAACGCCUGAAGAUAAUAUAUUCGUGAGGUUCCGUAUUUU